GCCUAGGUGCACAAGCUCACCUGGCUCAGUCUAUCUGGUGCGAUCAUUUGGACAGGAGUACAAGAGAUCAUUUGGACACAAUCACAGAGUACAGUUGUAGUUAUAAACAAUGAGCACAGAUGGAAAAAGGGAACCUCCUCCAUACAUCUUACCAGUGGCGGGUGGUACUGGGGGAGGAGGAGGUGAUGGCGUGAAAGUCUAUCAUGUGCACACACCUUUCACACCUGGAUCAAGUACAAUCGAGCCUUACGGACAAUCUGAUUCAAAUGAGGGUCACUACACAUCUGCCGUCCAGGCACAAAAUGUCAGCUCAAGUCAUGCUGCAGCACCAACAGACGACGGAGUGAAGAGGUUUGUGAGUGAGGAUCGCCAACUAGGCCACAGCCCGGGGAUGACCACCUGCCCAACCUGUCAGCAACAGGUCCUCACUGAGGUCACGUACAAAAUUGGAGCGUAUGCGUGGAUCAUGUGCAUUGUCUUCAUUCUGUGCGGGCUUGUGCUCUGCUGCUGCCUGAUCCCCUUACUCCACAAGCACUUCAAAGACGCCUACCACACCUGCCCCCGGUGCCAGCGCGUUCUCUACGUGGACAAGAAGAAAUGCUGCUCUUGACCUCCAUGUUGGCUCUGGGCCUCGUGGCAGCCGCAGCGUAGCGUCGUCGAGUCCUUUGGUUUACUGAAGGUCAAAAGAGACCUCCUGCAGCAGCCAGAGUCGUUUUUUCAUAUAGGUAAACUGAAGUUGGUUAUGGGUUAUGGAGGACUGUGACUCAUAUUCUUGAGUAGUCCACUGCAUCAGUGCUUCUGGUUAACUUUGUCUAGGGCAGGCUUGCCAUGUCUCUCAUUAGUCAUGAAUGUCAACACAUGCACUUAAUGACCUUUGAUGUGACAAUGGCAAAGACCUUGCUUAAAUUGACUAAGUAGAAGCACUGCUUAGACUGCAGACUGUGCAAUAGCAAAACUGUAUUUUUAAGAAAUGUCUUAAUAUAUUUACAAUAAAAGAUCAAUGUGUAUUUGGUAAUGUAUGAAAUCUCAAGGAUGUUAACUUGAUUGGCAUGUCAUAUGUAUAUAAAAUGUUUCCUGCAACUCUCA